GAGAGGCCGCCGCCCCUUCCCGGGAUGACUCGGCAGGUUCCUUUGCCUUCUCAGAGCUCCGCGCUGGGCCGCAAUCCGACCGGUGCAGCUCUGGGGCAGGCUGGAGAUGAUGAGCCCGCCGCGGUCCCUGCAUUGCGGGGAAGGGUUGGGCUAGAGGACCCUCAAGGGCUCCUUCCAGGUCUUCUCUGAUUCUGGGAGUACCUUUGUGGCAGACUGGAGUUCAACAGAUGUACCUUUCCCGCAGCGAUCCACCUAUUCCUCCUUACAUUUGGGAGGCAUACCAGCUCCACCCCCCCCCCUCAACUGCCCUGUGAGGGAGUCAGGUUAAGAGGCAGUGAUUCUGCUGUUUCUUUGUGUCAUACUACAGCCUAGAAGCACCAUGUCUCGAAGAUAUGAUUCGCGAACGACAAUAUUUUCCCCAGAAGGUCGCCUGUAUCAGGUUGAAUAUGCUAUGGAAGCCAUUGGACACGCAGGCACCUGCCUGGGGAUUUUAGCAAAUGAUGGAGUCUUGCUGGCAGCGGAAAGGCGCAACAUCCACAAACUUCUGGAUGAAGUAUUUUUUUCAGAGAAAAUAUACAAACUCAAUGAGGAUAUGGCUUGCAGUGUGGCUGGCAUAACUUCAGAUGCCAAUGUGCUAACGAAUGAACUGAGGCUGAUUGCACAAAGGUAUCUGUUGCAGUAUCAAGAACCAAUUCCUUGUGAGCAGUUGGUAACAGCCCUGUGUGAUAUCAAGCAAGCUUAUACACAAUUUGGAGGAAAGCGUCCUUUUGGAGUGUCACUGCUGUACAUUGGCUGGGAUAAGCAUUAUGGAUUCCAGCUCUAUCAGAGUGACCCUAGUGGGAACUACGGAGGAUGGAAAGCCACCUGCAUUGGAAACAACAGUGCUUCAGCUGUGUCAAUGUUAAAGCAAGACUACAAAGAGGGAGAGAUGACCUUGAAAUCCGCCCUUGCCUUGGCUGUCAAAGUCCUGAACAAAACCAUGGAUGUCAGUAAACUCUCUGCAGAGAAAGUUGAGAUUGCAACCCUGACGAGAGAGAAUGGAAAGACAGUAAUAAGAGUUUUAAAGCAAAAAGAAGUGGAAGUGUUGAUAAAGAAGCAUGAAGAGGAAGAAGCCAAAGCAGAGCGUGAAAAGAAAGACAAAGAGCAGAAAGAAAAAGAUAAAUAACUUAAGCACUUUGAAGUGGGGGAAAUGGGCAUUUUUCAAUAAACAAAUACAGAUCUUAUUGGUGGAGUGAAAAAGCUAGUAAUGCUGCUUAUUGAAUCGGGUCCUUUUGUACCAGUAAAACGUGUUGCCCACUUCUUCAGAGAAUUAUAAUUUCUUGGUUCUACUCGUCUUUGUUUUUUAUUACUUAAUAAAACAAUACUGUUAAA